AUGGCAAAAGGGGAGGUGCCAUGGUGCAUUCUAUUCUCCGACGACAUAGUUUUGAUUGAUGAGUCACGAGCCGGUGUUAAAAAGAGAUUGGAAGUUUGGAGACAGACUUUUGAGUCUAAGGGUUUCAAGCUAACCAGAACGAAGACAGAAUACCUCAAGUGUAAGUUCAGCGCUGAUCCGGGGGAAGUGAACAUCGAUGUGAGGCUUGAGUCACAGGUUAUCCCAAGUAGAGGUAGCUUCAAGCACCUUGGUUCGAUUAUCCAUGAGGGAUUGGAGAUCGACGAGGAUGUCGCACACCGUAUUGAGGUAGGAUGGAUAAAGUGGAGGUUAGCAUCUGGAGUCUUGUGUGAUAAGCGAGUGCCAACGAUACUCAGAGAAGAAGCACCACCGGUCGUGAAAAGGCUAUUAGAAGAAUGGUUGACAAACACCUUGAGCAAUAUACUCGAGAAACCCGUUCAGAGGGAUAUCGAAGGCACAAUAAUCGCAAGAACCGUAGUUGUCGCCGAUGAGCCAGAAACUCCACGAACAGGUAACACCCAUACUGUCAUUGAUGCAGGCAACGAUGCACUUGCGACCAUCUUAAAGAAAAUAGAAGAGAUGGAAAAUGAGAACAAAACACUCCUCGAUCAGAUGAGAGAGCAUCAGGAAAGGGUUGAUAAAAUACCAGGUGCUCCGAAGUUACUACCAAAAUGUGAUGUGGGCCGAUUCGUCGAACAACCAUACAAUGAAGGGGCAACUCCCCACUCUAUUCCGAAAACCUUUAAAAUGCCGCCAUAUUUGAAAAUAUAUGAUGGCACCAUGGACCCGGAGGAUCACUUAAUCCACUAUGUUACUGCAGUAAAAGGUAACGAUCUAUCGAAAGAACAGGUGUCGUCACUACUGCUGAAAAAGUUCGGCGAAACUCUAACGAGGGGAGAGUUGACAUGGUAUUCCCAACUACCAGCAUGA